CGGAAGGGGCGGGGAAGGGGCGGGGCAGGAGCGGGUGGAGGGUUGGACUGGGGACCUGCAGUCGGCGCGGCCGCAGGGAGGGAGCGGCGGCCCUGACAUACAGGUUACAUGUGCCAUGGCUAUGACUAGUGUCAGAUUUCUCACUGGUGUUUUAAGAAGAUCAGAUGCCUGGAUUGGAUUCUGGAGUGUUCUUCAAGGGACACCUUCUUCACAUAAAUUCUGUGCUUCCUGGAAUCGAUACUUGUAUUUUUCUAGUAGCAAGUUAAAUACAUCAAAGUAUAAAAUACUUCUCCAUAGUAUCUUCCCUUUGAGACUCCCAGGGCUUUUGGUAUCUCCAGAAUAUAUUUUUCCAUUUUCCAUAAGACUCAAAAGUAAUAUAAGGUCUAAAAAAUCCUCUAAAAAGACUGUGCAAAAAUUAGAGGAUGAAGAAGACUCUGAUGAGGAGGGUGAUCAUGAGGACAGGAGUGAGCAGGAAGCAGAGCUGGAGGAUGACCCUAGUGUAAUCAAAGACUACAAAGACCUGGAGAAAGUUGUGCAGUCUUUUCGGUAUGAUGUUAUCCUGAAGACAGGCCUUGAUAUUGGGAGAAACAAAGUGGAAGAUGCAUUCUACAAAGGUGAACUCAGACUUAAUGGGGAAAAAUUAUGGAAGAAAAGCAGAACGGUGAAAAUAGGAGAUACAUUGGAUCUUCUCAUUGGAGAGGACAAAGAAGCAGAAACAGAGACAGUGAUGCGGAUUCUCCUGAAAAAAGUGUUUGAAGAGAAGACUGAAAGUGAAAAAUACCGAGUGGUGUUACGACGGUGGAAAAAGUUAACAUUGCCUAAGAAGAGUAUGUCUAAAUAAAUGGAUUGUUUUUUAUCCAUGAAGCUGCUUUCUAAUGGUGGGGGAAGGAGCCAACAUUUUAAAAAAAAAAAAGGGGGGGGACUUUUUACUAAAAUAAAGUUCUCUUACCAUUA